AUGACAAGUCUCGAACUGAAGGGCGUUAAGAAUGUGUCCAAUGAGGUUGGUGACUUGGAACUGGGAGAAUUAGAUGAUCCGUCAUCUCGGUAUGGAUCAUUCUCGUCUCUUAGAACUUCUGAUAUUGCACUCCUCGAAAGUAACAAUGGCCACGAAGUGCCUCAAGGAAGACACUUGGGAGUUUUUUCUACAUUAGUACUUUUCAUAUCGCGAAUCAUAGGAUCUGGCAUUUUUGCUACCCCUAGCAGUAUAUUCGUGAAUUCUGGUGGUAACGCGGUAAUAUUUCUAACUAUAUGGUUUUUGGCCGCGUUGAUGGCGUUUGCUGGCCUCUAUCUUUUCCUGGAAUUUGGGUGUCUCAUUCCGAGAUCUGGCGGACGCAAAACGUUUUUGGAAGCGGCUUUUAACAAACCAACUAUGAUGGUGGGCGCUACAAUGACAAGCUUUACAGUAUUGACGGGAAUGUCUGUCUCUAACGCCAUAGUUUUCGGGAAAUAUGUCCUUUACGGUCUCGGUUUCGAUCCAAACUAUGUGAACAGCGAAAGCAUGGCUGGAAAUUACGUUGGUGCUGUUUGUAUUUUGAUCAUUGUAGCAAUACACGGAGUUUCUGUCAAGCGCGGCGUGCAAUUACAAAACCUGUUGGGCGGUUUGAAAAUCUCUCUCAUCAUUUUUAUGACUAUCAGUGGGAUUUAUGCCUUGUGUCUGAAAGAUCCCUUUAACCAAGGAACGAGCGUUUUUAUUGGUCAUCUCAAGAGAUUAGAGCCUGUCAGCAGCUCUUCUUUAACUACAGCCUUCAUACAGGCGUUUUUCUGCUUCGCAGGCUGGGACAGCGUCCAUGCGGUAACAUCUGAAGUGAAAAAUCCGACCAGAACUUUGAAAAUAGCAGGACCAUUGGCCCUCUUUGGGUGUCUGGCUUGUUAUCUCUCUCUGAAUUUUGCUUAUUUGAAAAUGUUUACCUACGAGGAGUUCAAAGAGGCUGGGCCUCUUGCUGGUUCGAUUUUAUUUUCAAAACUAUUUGGAGAAGCUUUUGGGAGGAAGUUCAUGACUCUUUCCGUGGCUCUUUCGUCGGGUUCCAACUUAAUGGUUGUUAUUUAUGGCCUCUCCCGAAUGAAUCAAGAGGCCUUCCGGGAAGGUUUGCUACCAUUUAGCAAGAUGAUGGCAAGCAACAAGCCUUUUGGAGCGCCUUUCCUUUCUCUUAUCUGUUGCGGCAUCCUCUCCGUGUUGUGGCUCUGUCUCCUACCUCCUGCAGGCUCUGCCUACAAUUAUUUGAUAGCAAUGGAAGGUUACGCUAAUCAGAUAUUCUUGUUACUUGUCGCUGUGGGAUUGCUAGUCUACAGAAAGAAGAAUCCCGACAAAAAGGCAGAUAUACGAGCCUCGACACCUGGUAUUAUAUUUCUCAUUCUAUUUUCUGCAUACUUGGUAGUUGGGCCAUUUUGGGGGGAUCAAUUAGAGACUAGUUUACCUCACAUGCCACAAUAUCAAAUAACGUCCCUUUUGAUGAUUUUACUUUGCAUCAGUUUUUGGUUCCUGAAGUUUCAAUUAAUCCCGCGCGUAUGUGGCUAUAAGUUGAAAUCCAAGUGGAUCUUACUUGAUGAUGGUCUUACAAUCAAAAAGUGGGAGAAGUGUUGA